ACCAAGCUGCACUCACAGCAGCCCUUAUCGCCGUGUGUUUCAUUCCCAGUCCCGUGGAUUAUGUUAAGGAAUAGAACUACGCCAAACAGUCGAGCGUUUACCAUCAAGGCCGCCAUGAGGAACUCUGUGGUGGCGAGUCCCCCGACGGCGGGGGCUUUUCACGAGCGGCCCUCCAGGCCGACCAUGUUUCGGAAGUUCUACGAACGCGGGGAGUUCCCGAUCGUGCUGGAGCAUGACACGAAAGGCAACCGUAUCGCUUGGAAGGUGGAGAUCGACAAGUUGGACUACCACCACUUCCUGCCUCUGUUUUUCGACGGUCUUUGCGAGACGACCCACCCUUACGAGUUCUUCGCCCGACAAGGGAUCCACGACCUGCUGGAGCACGGCGGCCCCAAGAUUCAGCCCGUCAUCCCGCAGCUCAUCAUUCCAAUCAAGAACGCCCUGAACACGAGGAACCGCCAGGUAAUCUGCACCACCCUGAAGGUCCUGCAGCAUCUGGUGAUGUCCAGCAACACAGUCGGAGAAACCUUGGUGCCCUACUACCGACAGAUCCUGCCCAUCCUCAACAUCUUCAAGAACAUGAACAUCAAUUCCGGAGAUGGCAUCGACUACGGCCAGCAGAAGCGAGAGAACGUGGGCGACCUGAUACAGGAGACUCUGGAGGUGUUGGAGCGCUACGGCGGCGAGGACGCCUUCAUCAACAUCAAAUACAUGGUGCCCACCUAUGAGUCCUGCAUGAUUGGCUGAGGCAGGGUUCAUCUUUAUCAACUUCCGACUCACUGGUUUGAUCCUAGACAUCCUUUUUUCAUGGCAUAAUUUCUACUCAACUGUCCGCUGAUUUUUUACUGUCUUAGACUCAUUCUAUUCAUGUGGAGAUUGAGGGCCAAUGCUUUUCCAAGCAAAUGGUCAGCCGUGUGGUAUUUGCUUGGAACUCUUAACAGACCAGAUACUACGAUUUUGUCUUAGGACUGUAAAUUACAUUUUAAGGCGCCCCCUGUGGGAUGUAGUCAAAUUGCUACAUGUAACACAUCAAAGUUUUGUCACCAUUACACAAAUGCUCAAUGAUUUACGGACAAUUUUGUUUUGUUUUGUGUCCCUGCCAUAUUUUUCUAACAAUCUUGCUCUAAAUUAAAACAUGUGCUAAUUCGUCCCAUAAAGAUGUGUACCAAAUUUUGUGACAAUUCCAUGAAACACCUCAAAGUUAAAUGUGGAGAGCAAUUUGAGAUGUUUGAGAAAUUUCAAGUCAGUCCCACGCAUAGGGUGAAGCUUUGGGGUUUCAAAUCAGCGCCAACAUGUGAUGUGCUUGUCAUAAAACAGGGACUAAUCCAUCCAUCCAUCCAUUAUCUUCCGCUUAUCCGAGGUCGGGUCGCGGGGGCAACAGCCUAAGCAAGGAAACCCAGACUUCCCUCUCCCCAGCCACUUCGUCUAGCUCUUCCCGGGGGAUCCCGAGGCGUUCCCAGGCCAGCCGGGAGACAUAGUCUUCCCAACGUGUCCUGGGUCUUCCCCGUGGCCUCCUACCGGUUGGACGUGCCCUAAACACCUCCCUAGGGAGGCAUUUGGGUGGCAUCCUG